AUUGGAAGGAUAUCUUCCGUGCCAAGUAUUCCAACAUCUAUCACAUAUAGUUUUUUAAGCUGCAAAUUUCAAUUCUGCAAUGGACUCGGUCACUAGUCUUCCUCUGACAACAAUAAGCAUUUUCAUGGUAUUACUGUAUGGAGUUUGGAUGAUCUAUCAUUGUAACAUUCCUCUAUUGGUAGGGAGUAUCUACCAGCUUUACUGAUAACUAGUUGACCAUCUUUAGUAGGAUCUCGUCUUCCAAUUACAUAUUUUCUAUUGCAAGGCUCAAACUCAAGACCUCCUUAAAGGAAUUGAGUACUGUUCCACUUGGAUCAAUGACGUGAUGGUUUAGUUGCUUCCUAUAUUAUGUUAUAGUCUUCUUCCUCUGGACCUCAGCAUAAGUGCUUGCUCUCAUAGAAAUUAUCUUCCUCAACCUUGUACUAGUAAGAAUGGUGACCACGUUAUUUAUUUGGUUCUUCUUGUUCUCCCACAUGACUAGAGCUUCCACUUCAGUAGACAGUUUAGCAGUGGAUGAAUCUAUCCGAGAUGGUGAGACUUUGGUUUCAGCAGGUGGAAUUAUUGAAGCGGGUUUCUUCAGUCCCGAAAAGUCAACAAGACGAUACUUGGGUCUUUGGUACAGAAAUGUGUCCCCUUUAACAGUGGUGUGGGUGGCUAACCGAAACACACCUCUUGAAAACAAAUCAGGAGUUCUAAAACUCAAUGAAAAAGGGAUUCUUGUGCUUCUCAAUGCUACAAACACCACCAUUUGGUCAUCAUCCAACAACACAGUAUCAAGCAAAGCAAGGAACAAUCCAAUUGCUCAGCUCUUGGAUUCAGGAAAUUUCGUGGUAAAAAAUGGACAAAGUAACAAGGAUGACAGUGGCGAUGUCUUGUGGCAGAGUUUUGAUUAUCCGGGUGAUACGUUGUUGCCAGGAAUGAAAAUUGGAUGGAGCUUGGAGACUGGUCUAGAAAGGUUUCUAACAUCUUGGAAAAGUGUUGAUGAUCCUGCUGAGGGAGAAUAUGUUGUAAAAAUGGAUGUUAGAGGGUAUCCUCAGUUAAUGAAGCUAAAGGGAACUGAUAUAAGGUUCAGAGCUGGGUCAUGGAAUGGCUUGUCUCUUGUUGGAUAUCCUGCUACAGCUUCUGAUAUGUCGCCAGAAAUUGUGUUCAAUGAAAAAGAGGUGUAUUAUGACUUCAAGAUUCUUGAUAGUUCAGCCUUUAUCAUAGAUUCACUUACCCCUUCAGGCAAUUUGCAGACCUUGUUUUGGACAACUCAAACAAGGAUUCCAAAAAUCAUCUCGACCGGGGAACAAGAUCAAUGCGAGAAUUAUGCCUCUUGUGGUGUAAAUUCUAUAUGCAACUAUGUUGAUAACCGUCCAACUUGUGAAUGCCUGAGGGGAUAUGUUCCCAAGUCCCCUAAUCAAUGGAAUAUAGGAAUUCGGUUGGACGGUUGUGUUCCAAGGAAUAAAUCAGAUUGCAAAAGCAGUUAUACAGAUGGCUUCUGGAGGUACACAUACAUGAAGUUGCCUGACACGUCUUCAUCGUGGUUUAACAAGACCAUGAACCUUGAUGAAUGUCGCAAGUUAUGUCUUCAAAACUGUUCUUGUACAGCAUAUGCCAAUUUAGACAUCCGUGAUGGAGGAAGUGGUUGUCUACUUUGGUUUAGUACUCUAGUUGACUUGAGGAAAUUCUCUCAAUGGGGACAAGACUUGUUUAUUAGAGUCCCUUCUUCAGAAUUAGAUCAUGGCCACGGAAACACCAAGAAAAAGAUAGUGGGAAUCACUGUUGGUGUGACUAUUUUUGGAUUAAUCAUCUUAUGUCCUUGCAUAUAUAUAAUUAAAAAUCCAGGAGCUGCAAGAAAAUUUUACAACAGAAAUUACCAACAUAUACUGAAGAAGGAGGACAUUGAUUUGCCAACUUUCGAUUUGUCCGUCUUGGUUAAUGCCACUGAAAACUUUUCAACUGGAAACAAGCUUGGAGAAGGUGGAUUUGGACCCGUAUACAAGGGUACACUGAUGGAUGGGAAAGUGAUAGCUGUGAAAAGGCUCUCAAAGAAAUCAGGACAAGGGGUGGAUGAAUUCAAAAAUGAAGUGGCGUUGAUUGCGAAACUUCAACACCGUAAUCUUGUAAAGCUUUUUGGUUGCUGCAUUGAAGGAGAAGAAAUAAUGUUGAUUUAUGAAUACAUGCCCAACCAAAGCUUGGACUACUUUGUUUUUGAUGAAACGAAAAGGAAGUUCUUGGAGUGGCAUAAGCGUUUCAAAAUUAUUAGUGGCAUUGCUCGAGGACUUCUGUAUCUUCAUCAAGACUCUAGGCUGAGGAUUGUUCACAGAGAUCUAAAACCUAGCAAUAUUUUACUAGAUGACAAUUUGGAUCCGAAAAUAUCAGACUUUGGCUUGGCUCGACCAUUUUUGGGAGAUCAAGUUGAGGCAAACACAGAUAGGGUGGCUGGAACUUAUGGUUACAUGCCUCCUGAAUAUGCUGCCCGUGGGCAUUUUUCCGUGAAAUCCGAUGUCUUCAGUUAUGGUGUGAUAGUAUUAGAGAUUGUAACUGGGAAGAAAAACUGGGAAUUUUCAGACCCAAAACACUACAAUAAUCUUCUAGGACAUGCGUGGAAAUUAUGGACUGAAGAGAGGGUGCUAGAACUACUGGAUGAAUUGUUAGAAGAACAAUGUGAACCCUUUGAAGUCAUACGAUGCAUACAGGUGGGCCUAUUAUGUGUGCAACAAAGACCACAAGAUAGGCCAGACAUGUCAUCAGUUGUUUUAAUGUUGAAUGGUGAUAAAUUGUUGCCAAAGCCAAAGGUUCCUGGCUUUUACACUGAAACAGAUAAUAAAUCUGAAGCAAAUUCUUCAUUGGAAAAUUAUAAAUUGUACUCAGUUAAUGAUAUUUCCAUCACAAUGUUAGAUGCAAGAUAGGAAAUGGAGGCAAGAAAAUGUUAAGGAUUCAUCUUCUGAUGUGGGAUA